UCCACUCACUCCCAUCUGCCCCAGCUCAACCCCAGCAUGGCCGCGUCCACCAUGUCCGUCUGCUCCAGCGACCUGAGCUACGGCAGCCGCGUCUGCCUGCCCGGCUCCUGUGACUCUUGCUCUGACUCCUGGCAGGUGGACGACUGCCCAGAGAGCUGCUGCGAGCCCCCCUGCUGCGCCCCCAGCUGCUGCGCCCCGGCCCCCUGCCUGACCCUGGUCUGCACCCCAGUGAGCUGUGUGUCCAGCCCCUGCUGCCAGGCGGCCUGUGAGCCCAGCCCCUGCCAAUCGGGCUGCACCAGCUCCUGCACGCCCUCCUGCUGCCAGCAGUCUGGCUGCCAGCCAGCUUGUUGUACCUCCUCCUCCUGCCAGCAGGCCUGCUCUGUGCCUUUCUGCUGCAAGUCUGUCUGCUGUGUGCCCAUAUGCUGCAAGCCCGUGUGCUGCGUGCCCAACUGCUCUGAGGGCUCCUCUUCAUGCUGCCAACAGUCUAACUGUGUGAGCUGUGUGUCCAGCCCCUCCUGCCAGGCAGUCUGUGAGCCCAGCCCCUGCCAAUCAGACUGCACCAGCUCCUGCAUGCCCUCAUGCUGCCAGCAGUCUAGCUGCCAGCCAGCUUGCUGCACCUCCUCCCCCUGCCAGCAGGCCUGCUGUGUGCCCAUCUGCUACAAGUCUGUCUGCUGCAAACCUGUCUGCUGUGUGCCCACCUGCUCUGAGGAUUCCUCUUCAUGCUGCCAGCAGUCUAGCUGCCAGCCAGCUUGUUGUACCUCCUCCCCCUGUCAGCAGGCCUGCUGUGUGCCUGUCUGCUGCAAGUCCAUCUGCUGCAAGACCGUGUGCUGUGUGCCUGUCUGCUCAGAGUCCUCCUCUUCAUGCUGCCAGCAGUCUAGCUGCCAGCCAGCCUGCUGCAACACCUCCUGCUGCAGACCCUCCUCCUCCAUGUCCCUGCUCUGCCGCCCCGUGUGCAGGCCUGCCUGCUGCGUGCCCGUCCCCUCCUGCUGUGCCACCGCCUCCUCCUGCUGUGCCCCCGCCUCCUCCUGCCAGCCCAGCUGCUGCCGCCCGGCCUCCUGCGUGUCCCUCCUCUGCCGCCCCGCGUGCUCCCACCCAGCCUGCUGUGGCCCCACCUCCACCCAGAAGUCCAACUGCUGAGUGAUCUCCUUAAGAUCAUCCAAAGCCUGAGCGCUCGCUGCCACCUGCACCCCUGGAUUCCUUGCCCUUGACGGCUGCGUAGCCCCUGCUCCUGAGCCUGCCGUGGCGUCCGUGGUCAGCUGGCCACCCAGCAUGCAGUCCUCCUUCUGGCAGCAGCUCAGCUGUUUCUUCAAGUCUUGACUUUUCCCCAAGUACCCAGCCCUGCCUCCCCAGCAACAGGUGGGCAGUGACCCCAGCAAGGCCAGCCGGGUCCUCCCAGGCCAUGGCCCGGUGUGGCAAGAAGCGAGGGCAGACCCACGUCAGGUGUGGGUUUCUUGUCGCUGCCCGGCUCAGUGGUGAGGCCGG